AUGGCUGCCAUCUCGUCCCAGAAGUACUCGUCGAUCGAGGAGACCGAGAUCCAGCAAUGGAUCACCACCUCGGACCGCCUCAAGUCCUCGCCCGCUGACUCGUCUAUUCUGGAAGCGCUGAACUCUCACCUCUCCACCCGAACAACCCUACUCGGUACCAAGCCAUCCAAGGCUGAUAUCUCAAUUUACGAGACCCUCGCACCUGUUGUCGCAAAAUGGACCUCCGAGCAGCGAACGGGCCAGCAAGGCCACCCUUACAUUGUGCGCCAUCUCGACUUCGUCCAGAACUCGGCCGUCUUCGGCCUCGAUGUCAAGGAUACCGAGAAGAUUAAGGUCGACUCGGAGGAGAUUCUCUACGUCACCCCGCCCGUCGAUGCGAAAGCCGAGAAGGAGCGGUUGAAGAAGGAAAAGGCUGCUGCAGCCGCAGCAGCGGCUGGAGGAAGUGGUGCUGAUGCCACGCUGGCUGACCGCACCAAGGCGGCCGCUGAGACGGUCAUGAAGAAGGCAGUUGAUGCUAAGGAUGCCGUCGUCGCAGCUGGUGGGGCCGGCGGCGAGGCAAAGCCAAAGAAAGAGAAGAAGGAGAAGGCCCCCAAGCAACCCAAACCCCCUGCCGCCACGGCUGCGGCACCGACGCCUGCCCUUAUUGAUCUCAGGGUUGGCCACAUAUUGAAGGCUAUCAAGCACCCCGAAGCCGACAGCUUGUAUGUAUCUACCGUUGCCAUGGGUGACAAGGAGGUUACGGAGGAUUACACCGAGUACGAGGGCCAGAUCUGCCGUACCGUCUGCUCAGGGCUCAAUGGACUGAUCCCAUUGGAGGAGAUGCAAGGACGCAAAGUCGUCGUGGUCGCCAACUUGAAGCCCGUGAAGAUGCGCGGUGUCAAGUCCUGCGCCAUGGUCUUGGCUGCAUCGCCGAAACUGAAGGAGGGUGAGGUUGACGACCACAAGGGUCCGAUUGAACUGGUUUCACCUCCCGCCGACGCGAAAGCAGGCGAGCGAGUCAACUUCGAGGGAUGGGAAGGCGAGCCCGAGGGUGUCCUCAACCCUAAGAAGAAGGUCUGGGAAAUGUUCCAGCCUGGUUUCACCACAAACGACUCGUUCGAAGUUGUCUUUGAUGCAGGUGAGGUUAAGGAGACGGGCAAGCAAGGCUUGGGCAAGCUUGUCACCAAGAGCGGGGGGCAUUGCAUUGUGAAGUCGUUGAAGGGAGCUACUGUGCGAUAA